UGAAUAGAACUACAUCUUUCCAUCUCGAUGUUUCAACUCCAAUUCGAUCCUUAAAGCCUAUGCACAGAGGUUUUAAGCAGGUGUAAACAAUAUGGGAAUAACGCCCUCAGAUAGACGAAGUGAAAUAUUCCCUAUGUUAUAUCAAUCGAAUUAUCAGAUCUUCACAAAUACAUAGGGUUUAAGCGUCGAUUUAGGAUUGGACCUGGCUUCUUACAUAGUACUGCGGCCGUAGCAGUAACAACAGGAAGUGUUCGUAUACAGUUGGGCUACAGGGGUGUUCGUGCAACAAGGAUGUCGUGUUCAUUGGAAAAGGUAUUGUCAGAUGCCAAGUCGCUGGUGGAAAGACUUCGCAACCAUGACAAUGCGGCUGAGGUACUUAUUGAACAGACAACUUCCCUUAACAAGAGGGUUGAAGCCAUGAAACAGUAUCAGGAGGAAAUUGAAUCCCUGAACCAGGUGGCCAGGCAUCGGCCCCGUUCCAGUCUUGUCAUGGGCAUUCAGCAGGAAAACCGACAGAUCCGAGACCUACAGCAGGAAAACAAAGAGUUGAGAACAUCCCUAGAGGAGCAUCAGUCAGCCAUGGAACUCAUCAUGACUAAAUACAGGGAGCAGGUCUUCAGACUCCUCAUGGCCAGUAAAAAAGAUGACCCUGCCAUUGUCACCCAACUGAAGGAGCAGCACACAACUGAAAUGCAAGCGCACAUUGACAAGAUCAACGAGAUGGCCACGGUAAUGAGGAAGGCCAUAGAAGUGGACGAAGGGAGGUUGUGUGAAGAUGAGGAGAGGAUCAAGCAACUGGAGCUGGAGAACAGUGGCUUGCGUGAGCUACUGGGGAUCAGUCGAGAGGCCUUUCUGGUUUUGACGAGGGAGGACGCCUCCGAUAGCACGUCCUUGUCUGCCCUGUUGACCAGCGCUGACGUCAGCCUCCGGAAGAGUUAGGCCCAGGACGUUAGCUUGGAGAGACUGCAUGUGUCUGCCCUCCCGCUCUUACCUUGUACAGCCAAUCACCUCUAGCCACAGAUGUGAACAAUAUCCCAGAGCAUACUUACGGAACUACUGCCAGUUACUGGUCACGCUAAAAUGAAGCCACAGUAAAUAGCGUCAGACAAGUGAAAAAAAAAAACUCCAGAUACAGCAGUUCAUUCUUGGCACCCAUUGUGCUGCCCAUGGAACUUGUGGUGCUAUGGAGUUGUAAAGUGUGAAUGAGUGAAAGUAAGUACUGCUCGUGAAUGACAAUAAAAAAAAACUUGAAGGAAA